AUGACAAUCAACCCGCCCAAAUGCGCUGUGAAUAUGGAGCAGCGGCUGGCAGCGCUGCGGCGUGACCAGGAGAUCGACGGGCUUCGCGUGUACCUCAUCAAGUACAACCUCUUUCCGCGCAACCGAGACCCGCACAACUCGCCCAUUCGCCUCGAGGAGCUGAAGGAGCUCGUCAAGCACUGGAAACUGCACCGACAGCGCGGGUUUUGGCGUGAUCAUCCGGACAAAGACGACCUCGUUCGAGCCCUGCUGCAGCAUAUUAAGAGCGAGGCAGCUAACAAGAAGCGCCGACAAGAAGCACAGGACAAGUACCGUAGCAAGACACUGGGCGGGGCUGAUGAUGGCAGUCCCGGGAAACUUCGAGACCUCACGACCUUUUUUGGAGGUGGGAACGUGAAUGGGAGUGCAGAAGGUGACCAGAAUGGCGGUGAUAACGAUCGGGAGCAAGUCGUGGCUGUCGCCAAGAAGAAAAACUUCGGUGGGGAUCUGUUUUACCAACGCGGCGACUAUGACGAAGGGCUGAUCUACUUGUCAAGAAUCGACAAGUCCCGUUUCCAGUCUGAAAGCCACAAUCCCUGUCAAGACCUCCUUACAACGUCGGCGUCAGCGCCCACCCCACUGAACCGCCUUCUGCUGGGAUCCGAUGCCAGCAGCAAGCACAAAAGCGCUGGCGUCCCGGCACCGAGUGACAAAGAGGCGGAAAGAGAGCUCAAUCAGAUGCCAGCGGUGACGUUGUCCCCCAUCCUCACUGGCGCCGUGAACACGACACUUCUGACCAAGGACAUGAAGCUCAAGUCGGUCGAGGGUCUGUACAGCAUUUCGUGUCACAAGGGCUACGAGGCUCAGCUUCUGCGUGAGGGAGCGCUCGCGACGCUUUCAGGUUUACUCAAGCAGGACGAUCCCGCGAUCCGGUUGUACGCUGCCGCGGCGAUUCUGAACCUCACGCAUUACGUCCUUGUCCCGAUAUCGCCGCUGCUAACUCCAAUGAAGAAGGCGCAGACUCAGUCGUCUUCUUCGGCUUCGAUGGCGAUGGCUCCUUCCCAGGCCACUAGGGAUUUGUACGCGAAAAUGAUGGACGAGAACGUCAUUGCGGCCCUCCUGGAUCUCGUCCACACUCCCCACCCAACUGUGAAGGCUCUGUGUGCCCGUGCGCUGCUUCGCUUCACGAUCGACGAGGCGCAUCACUUCGCCAUGGUGCACGAAGGUGUUGUGACUGCGCUCUCCCAGAUCAUGGCUACGGUCCCCACCGCCAUGACGUCGUGCGUUGCUACACCGAACGACGUGAAGCUGCUCUGUGUCUUAGCGCUCGUGAACCUGUCCGACGUACCGCGCGCCGUCACAUGCGACGCUCUGUUAAGCACCGUCGUUGGUUUGGCUCGACACGGGGACACUGCGACGCGAAAGAUUUGCGCCCAGGCAAUCUUGAACCUCUCGAUACUCCCCACGACACGCGGAGUAAUUGUGGAUGAAGGAGCGGUUGCUGCCUUGGAAGUGCUGGCAGCGGUGGCGAUUCGACCGCCAUUGCAGCUCACGCUCUUGGAGACCAUCACAUGCACACUGUGCAACUUGGCGGCAGUGAAGACGAACCAGGACGCAUUGACGAAGAACAGCGUGCUGAACAUUUUGUCGGAUAUUCUCACUAACGUGGGGGCGGAGCUACGGCAAAUGCAGGGGACAACUAAAGCAGACACGGAUAGUAUCGAAGGGGAGGCAGUCGUGACAUCCCUCCUGUGCAUGGUCCGCAAGAACUGUGUCAACGCCAUCGCGAUGCUCUGCUGCAAUCCCCGACUUCAAGUUCGCAUUCGCAAUGCCUGCUUUAUCCCGAAGCUGCUGAAUAUUCUCCGAAAGGAUGGCUACGACGACCAAGACGACGAUUACAGCGAUGAUGAUAGCCAUGUAGCUCCAAGUAGUGGUGGUCGUCGCAUGUCUGUUUCAGUCUCGACCCAGCGUGCAAGUAUCGACCCUGAAACGGAGAAGUUCGUGGUUGUGGCUCUUGCAAAUCUGGCAUUGGACGAUCGCUGCCGCCCGACGCUGGUACAGGACGGAGCUGUGCCCAUUUUCCUGGGUUUGUUGCAUGCUCCCGAUCUGCCUGGCUCGGCAAUCACCGAAGCGCAGCAUCAAAGUGAAGGCGCAACAGACAACCAAAGCGACAAACGGGUUGCUGCGUUGCUGCUCAAACUGGACUGUGUGACGGCGCUGAGCAACCUCCUUCUGCAUCCUGCCAACUUCCAGGCGCUGGUCGACGCCGGCGUAGUUCCUGCCUUCCUGGAUCUCAUCCGCAACGAAGAAACCGCAGCACCGAGUGCUAGCAACAGCAGCAAGGAGAUUCAAAAGGCCUGCGUGUACGCGAUGCUAGGGCUUGCCAAAGAUCCGGGAAUGAAGACUCGACUGGCGGAGGCUACUCAAAAGCGCUUCGACGGGAAAGAGGCGAACGAUCAAGUAGGCGCCGUUCCGACCAUGUUGGCCUUUGCAUCAAGAAAUCUGGCAAAUGCUGAGCUCUGCGGGGUCUGCAUUAGCUUCUUGCACCACUUGUCGUCGCGAUCGGAGAACCACGAGUUGCUUUACUACGAGGGUGCAGUGGGUCUACUUGUGCGCGUCCUGCAGAAACCAAGCUCAGCCGAGGCACCGGCCACGAUAUACUCACUCUGGUUGGACUGUUUGGCCACGCUUGCCCACCUCGCCUCCCAUACUGCCAGGCGCCCUUCGCUUCUUGAUGACGGAGUUCUCGAUGCCAUCCAACACUUUUUGAUCGCCUCGGCUGCAGACCAGCGACCACGCGAUGCGCUGACGGACCGAAGUAUUAUCAAGGCUCAGUACGCUGCGUCUCAGAUAGUGUACAAGAUGCAUGAGAUCUGUAGUGGCAGCAGUGUGCCCGCAGGCUUCGGACCCGGCCCGGUGGAUGCGCCGGCGUUUUUCGCGUGCCUGCUACUUCUUGCCACGCAGUCCGCUUCCAAGAACUCGCGGUUGUCCAAGUCGACGGUCGCUCUGCAGCAGCGGACCGCGCGACGAACUGCGCUGACAAUCGCCAAGGUGGCUCUGGCAGUGCCGCAAGGUCCGAGACUUCUGGCUGAGCACGCUGACAUCCCACCUGCGCUGAACAUGGUUAUGCGGACGGGUAUUCAUGAGGCGCAGGUUUGCGCGGCGAUUGCAUUGUGUAACUUGGCGGCUGAGCGGCCAACGCCAGCAAAAGGGAAGCCCCUGCCUCGAGUGUGGCGCGAUGCAACUGUGGACGACUUCAUCGUCAUUACGCUGCUUCGAGUCAAUAGUCCUCAGACCAAGGGGAUCUGUGCAAAGGCGCUGUUCAACCUGCUCACUCACGAAGAUGCACGCGACCAACUCAUGCGAGACGGCGUCCUCUAUGCAUUGCUGAAACUCGCACGACUUGAGAGUGAUUCGAUCCGUGACUUGGCGCUGCGAGCCCUGUACAAUAUUUCUCUGGACCCCAAGAAGACGACGCAACUUCUGGAGAUGGAGCUCGUGCGCAUUCUAGCCAAGAUGUACCAAGCGGACUUGAACAAGACCAUGAAGCGGCUUAUGGUCGGGAUCUUCAGCAAUCUCUCGAGUGCUUCCUGUACUCUCAGCAGUAGCGCUAGUGUCAGCGGCUCGAUCGGCAAUGGAGAUGAGACCAAGGACUCUGAAGGGGUGAGUACGGCCAAGCAUGUCGAGCUGCAGAUGCUUCAGGAGGGUGCGUUGGGCGUUCUGAAGAACCUGGCCAAAGUGCGUGACCCAGAGAUGAAGCUGUACGUCGCCAAUGUGCUAUACAAUCUGUCGUGCGCUACAGACUCCCGCGUCGCGGAGAUUCUUGUUCACGAUGAGAGCAACGUGCUAGGAAUCCUGGUGGCCGAGCUCAAGUCGGAAAGCAGAGACGUGCGGAAAUAUGCAGCGAAGACCCUCGCGAACCUCACGGCGUCUUCUGUCGCAGUGCAAGUCAUGACGAACGACGCUGCCUCAGCUGUUGUGAGCGUCAUCAACGAUGCAAUGAAAGGUGGGAAGACCAAAACGGGGUCGACACCUACAGGGGGUGGGUCGUCGACGCCAGCCUCAAUCUGCGUCGAGACCAAUUGCGCCUGUGUCUUUGCACUGCGCAACCUCUUCUCUCUGGAGUUAAACCAGCGCAAGUUCAUCGCAUGUAAUGGACUCCCGACUUUAGCAGCACUUCUCACGAGUCCUGCGAUGGCUCCCGAGGGGCCAACUCUGCGCGUGGCUACAGAUAUGAUCUGCUCUCUCGCUAAGCUCAACAUUGGGUCUGCCGCCACUAAUGCUGGUGAGUUGUUGUACGAAGAACGACUCGUAAAGGAUGGAAUUGUUCGAGCUCUGGUGGCAAUCGCCAAAGGAGCAAUGGAUGGGUCGACGACACGAGCUGAAGAGAACGCGGCCUGUAUGAAUAUCGUCACGUCCUUGAGCAGUCUGUCCAUCCAUCCGCGGUGUCAUGAUGGCAUGCUGCGUGACGGCGCUCUGGACGCACUCGCGCUGCUGUGUGCGACCAAUGCCAGCGAUGCACGUGCACCGUUCAAGGGCCUCAUAGGUGUGCGCGGUGAGAUGUUCGCUCUGCAUUGCAUGGUCGUGAUCCGCAAUUUGUCACGCCAAGAAGCUCCGCCUACAUCGUCAGUAGCAGGUCCUCCUUCGAUUGACAGUGACAUUGCUCAAACAACUUCGAGCAAGGCGGAGGACGUGCGUAGCCAGAGACUGACCUCGCAGACAGCGUUGGUGCCUAUCGUCCUGACGCUCUCGCAGUCCACCAGCCCGCAAACACGCGAGCACGUGGUGGUGGCGCUUUAUAACCUCGCGCGAUUGCGUCGGAGCAAGCGCCAGCUUAUCAAGAAUGACGGAGUGAAAGUUCUUCUGAGGCUUGGCACGAAUGCGGUGCUACCCUUCCAGCGCCACGUGUGCGCAUUGGCACUUCAGGCACUUUCGACGCAGUCACCUCCGCCUGUUCCAGCGCAACCACCCAGCAAUGCCGACCCAGCAGCAGCUACGGCCGCUGCGACCGCUAGCGCUGCCGACUGGGACGAACCGCACGUGAAUAAAGUGGUCCAGGAGGGAAUCGUUGCCGCCAUCGCAGCUCUGGCCGACUCGAACCAGCACGAUUUGCUUCUCAAUGUCUCAACGAAUCUGUAUGCCGUCGCCAACCCUCCGCCUAUCGUAAUUGAACCGGUGUCACUGCUGCGGACUACGAACCGAGCCAUCGAACAACGCGGGGCUCCCCCCGACUGGACCAAAGUGCUUAUCACCGACCUCGCAUCAUGGCCUGAGAUCGAAGUGGGGAGUAGUCGAACCACAGCGAUUCGCGUUGACAGCGCGUUGACCGUAAGGACGCUAUCUCCGGGCGAGCAAGAGGAAGACCAGGGCGAGGAUUCGUACUCGGAUGCAAGUGAUGAUGAGAGUGCGAGUCGUCGAAAAGGCUCGCAACUGGGCAAGUCGGGGGGGAAGUUGCUGGGGGCAAGUUCAUCUGUGGUAUCGCCAAAGAAGCAAACUCAAGCAGGACCGAGCUCGACUCUUGCUCCCCCGCGAGUGUGCAGCUCGGACGCAGUGCUAGGGUGGUUCCAACUGCUGGCGGACCCGAAACCAGAGAAGGUGCGGGUUAACGUGGACUACGAGCUCGCAGGUAGACGCGCUGUCACACCGACUCCAGCGAGUCACAACACCCUGGCAUCCUGUGGGGACGAGCUACCAAAACUCCGUCCUGAGACAGCUCCCGAGGGUUCAACGGAAGAAGGGUGCCUCGAGCUGCAGCACGCCUAA